AUGGCGGACGCAAUUGUCCCAGUCGAAGAGAUCAAGGCGCAUUCAAGCGAGAAUGAUUGCUGGAUUGUUGUGGACGACGUCGUGUGGGAUAUCACUGACUUCGUUCCGUCGCAUCCCGGCGGAACUGACAUCAUAUACAGGCAUGCGGGCCACGAUGCCUCCCUCGCAUACAGUUCCGUCCACUCUCCCUCGCUCAUCGCAAAGACCCUCGGUGCCGAAAAGCGUAAAGGCAAGAUUGACUCGGAAACAGCCACAGAUCUUCUGAAGCCACCCCCGACUGAAGAAGCCCAGCCGAAACUCGCGGUUGGCGCGAAACCGCCAUUAACUACGCUGAUCAACAGCUAUGAUUUUGAAGCGGUCGCUGAGAAGACUUUGACGAAAAAGGCGUAUGCGUUUUACUCUUCAGCGGCGACUAAUCUUGUAACUCGCGAUGCGAAUCGGAGCAUGUUCGAUCGGAUAUGGUUUCGACCUCGGUUGUUGAGGAAUAUUAGGGAUAUUGACACCAGCACCAAGAUACUGGGUCAGGGUGUCAAGUUGCCAUUCUUCGUCAGUCCCUCCGCAAUGGCGCGACUGGCGCAUCCAGAUGGCGAAUUGGCGCUGGCCAGGGGUUGCGAGAAGUUCGGAGUAGCCCAAUGUAUCUCAACCAACGCGUCCUUUACGAUGGCCGAAAUUACAGCGAGCGUACAGCCGGACUCAAUCCCUUUCUUUUUCCAGCUAUAUGUCAACAAAGACCGCGCGGCGUCGGAAGCUCUCCUGAAGGACGCCGAGAGGAACGGCAUCAAAGGUGUCUGGUUCACUAUCGACGGCCCUGUCCAAGGAAAACGUGAAGGGGAUGAGCGGGUCAAGGUCGAGUCCGCGACAUUCGCAAAAGCAGCCAUGAGUGGUGCUACUGCUACGAACGACACCAAGGGCGGAGGGCUGGGGCGUACCAUGGGCGGUUACAUCGAUGCCACGUUCAGUUGGGAGGACAUCGCAUGGCUACGCAAAGCAACGAAGCUGCCUAUUGUUGCGAAGGGCGUGCAGACGGCUGAAGACGCAGUGCUCGCCAUGGAACACGGGCUGGAUGGUAUCGUUAUAAGCAACCAUGGUGGGCGAAAUCUCGAUACUUCUCCACCAUCGCUUCUCACUCUCAUGGAAAUUCGCUGUCAUCAUCCCCAAGUCUUCCAGCACCUCGAAGUGUACGUCGACUGCGGCAUCCGACGCGGGACAGAUAUCGUGAAGGCUCUGUGUCUUGGUGCAAAAGCGGUAGGCAUGGGUAGGCCGUUCCUAUAUUCUUUGACGUAUGGUCAGGAAGGCGUCGAGCAUUUCAUUGACAUAAUGAAAGAUGAGCUGGAGACGACAAUGCGAUUGCUAGGUAUCACCGACCUAUCCCAAGUCCACCCGAAAUUCCUAAACACCUGCGACAUAGACCAUCUCAUCCCGAAGUCGCUCGAGUCAUCCUUUCCGGAGAUAGGGCCGUCCCAGCUACGAGCGAAAUUGUAA